CUAGAUGCCUUGGCCCUCAAGAACUUGUGCCCUUGGUGCAAGUUUCAAAGCUGCCUACUACUCAUUAUCAACCUGCUUCUUAAAAACGUUUUGACAGCCCUGGGCAACUAGCUGAAAACCUGUCGGCUUUGACGUUUGAGGCGUCUACUUGUGGGGAGAAGAGGGUAAAGUGAGGGGGCUGAAAGCCUCAAACUUCAUACAGAACUUGAUUGCCAAGCCAUGCCACCUACUUUUAUAUCUUAGUCUACUUUAAAACUUAAUGCGAACCCUGAAAGUGUCUAGGAAAAUUUAACAGUAAAGUGUUUAAAAGGGGCUAUAUUAUUUUAAUUUCUUACACAUGACAUGAAAUGAUAAGAUGACCUCUUUUUUUAGCAAUUUAUUCUUUUAAGUAAGUUACAUUAAGGGGUACCAUUUUUCAACAGAAGAAACAUAAAAGGGGUACCUGUACUGUCACUAUGUUGGACCCCUUCCUCGCAAAAACCCCCAUAAAACUCAUCUGCAGUAGGUGAGCUAGGGCCCUGGUACCUACAAAGUUGUUGGGGUCAGACAAUGUUCUAGCGCAACAAUGCUUUAAUAUGAGGAAGGAGGUAUCCAUGGUAACACUGUCAGCGGCCCCCACCAGGCACCAUCACAAUGAACUGUUCAGUGAAAUACUUCUCAACCAAUACUUACCUGGCCCUGAACUAAAGAGGGAGGGAUGGCUGGGAAAAAAAAAAACAGCACUAAAAUGGCAAGCAAACAACAAGGCUCUAGCUAAUUCUCGUGGCAAAGAACUGCAAGCAAGCAACUGCGUAUACCAGUCAUGAGGUGCCCUGCUAAAGGCAUCGGGCCACCCCCAGCAUUGUUGGGAAAACUGCUGACCAGCAUUGUUUCAAGGUUAACUAUGCCUAAAUUACAUUUAGCGACAUUAGGGCCAUUUAUACGAGGAAAAAUAAGACGCGUCUUACAUAAGACGCAUCUUAAAUAAGACACGAACUUUCCGUAUAAACGGCACAUUUCGCCUAAAAUAAGACGCGGCUUAGCUAAGACGCGGCUUAUUAGAUAAGACAUGCUCGUGUAAAUGGUGCAGUUCGCGUCUUAUUUAAGACGCGUCUUAUGUAAGACGCAUCUUAUUUUUCCUCGUAUAAAUGGGCCUAAUUUAUAAAACUUUGUUGAAUGAUGUUCUUUUGGCUCAUCAUGCAAUCCUACCCAACAAACGUUUGUGGGCAAGGAAUUUGUUGCAAAGCUCUAUGAAUGUCUGAGUGGGAGGCUACAUGUAAAUGCAAGAGUGGCUUUAGUGUUAACAUGUAGUCAAUUUGCCAACUUGUACGAAAAAAACUGUUUGCAUUUUUUUGUGAAAACAUUCCACUGACCUCUCAUUAUGCUGAUUGAGUUAUUAUUCUAUAAUGACCAUGUAACUCAACUUGAUAAACAUUUCUUAGGUUCAAAAUCCAGCCACUGAAAUUAGUUCACUUUGCUUGUGAUCAGAGUCAGAGGGAUGUGUUCUUGGUAAGUCCUUUGAUUGUGUACCGUAAUGAGAUCAUUAUAUGUUUCUGGGAAACUGCUCACCUACCCCUCCCCUAAGCCAACAUUAACACUUACUUCUCACUUAGUGCAAAAUGUUGGCUUAGGGAAGGGGUAGGUGGACAGUUUAUCACUUUUUGCCCUUACUGUAGUUCAUCUAAGAAAUCAUGUCCUUUUUUUAUGUAACACUUUCUUCACUGUAAUCCCAUGGUUAGAACCUCUAAUAAAUGACCACUUCAUGUUAGCGACUGCGACCACUUUUUGUGGUGAGCGUUUUAUCAUUUUUCAUUAAAUAAUGAUCCAGGCAAGACGGAAGCAGUUUCUUUUAUUAUGGCGCAAUGUGCUUUCCUCACAUAGGAAUAUUUUCAUUUUCACACAGUGAAUGCAUAAAUCUACAAAAAGGCAGUUUACAAAAUAAAAUGUAUGUAAACUUCGUUUACAGGUUAAGAACCCUUUCUUAACCCAGGUUAAGAAAUUUGGAUCAUUUUACAUCUCUGGGAAACUGCCCACCUACCCCUCCCCUAAGCCAGCAUUUUGCCCUUAGUGAGAGGUAAGUGUUAACAUUGGCUUAAGGGAGGGGUAGGUGGGCAGUUUCCCAGAAACGUAAAAUGAUCCAAAAAUUUUAAUUUUAAUGUAAGUUUGACUUGUAACAUAUGUACUAUGUCAUCUCCUUCGCAGCCAUUUUUAGGGUCGUCACGCAAUGCUCAACGCAACGCUUUGUGAGGAAAAAUGUUGGGUGAUGACCCUAAAAACCGCUGCGAAGGAGACUAAUGUAGCACGCUACACUGAGAAAUGUUAGUGACAACAUGGCACUACAUAUAUGGUAACUGCAAAAUUGCAGUAACUAAAUUCUCUUCCACAAGUAAAUGUUUGGAUAGUUACAAUGAUGUCAGUUGUCUAGCCUGCGAACAUAGUCACAUUUCCAGGUGACAGUGCUCUUUGCCUGGCGCAGCCAAAACCGGAAAUACAUCUGCGUUCACAGGCUAAACUGUGUGCAGAACUUUCCUCGGAAGAGACCACCUGUCAUUCAACUCUCGUACUUGACCACUAAUUGUUCGCUUUUUAGGUAGCCAUUUACUUGUGGAAGCUUGACUGUAUUAGAGUUAAAUGACGUGAAGGGUUUACACAUCAUAGGAUACAAUUAUGUAUUAUAGUUGUCUUUUUGUUGCUGUUUUUUUAUUUUGGUUAAUGUAAAUGGACACGUUUUGAUUUCACAGGCCAUAAAAGACCAAAUAAAGGAUAAAGACCUUUUUGAGCAAGCCUUGAAGGAAGCCGAAGGCUUAUUAAAUAGAAAAGGUUGGUAACUUGGCAAUCAUAUAUACUAUUUCACAUAUAUAUUUUUUAUUUUUUAUAGCCAAGUGUGAUGCUAAGUAAAGGAAAUUUAAUAAUAUUAUUUUUUUAAUCCUGCUUAGGGCUUGGAAAGAGUCUGAAUGAAAUGGAUGAAGGUACAUGUACCUACCGUACUGAUCAUUUUUUGUUGUUGUGUAAACCGUUGUUGUUGUUGUUGUUGUUGUUUUUGGUAAUUCUCUACUUCUACAACUUACUUUACUUUGAGUAUUGCUGCAUUCAUUGAAACAGAGAUGUAAGUGUUAACUGUUAUACUAUGAAAGUUUUGAACGCAGGAGUCUUUUCAUAAGUAGGUUGAGUUUGAUCGUCCGGCUGAACGUAGUCCUGAAUAGGACUGUUGUUGUUGACAGUGACUGACGUUACGACAACAUGUGCGGUAGCGGUAGUCAUCUUUAGAGUCAAAGUGAGUCGUAUCAGGUUGUCGAAAUGUCAGUCACUGUCAACAACAACAGUCCUAUUUAGGACUACGUUCACCCGCACGAUCAUACUCAACCUACUUAUGUUAACUGUUAUGUUCAGAACUUUUAAGUUAAACUUAAAAAUUUAAAGGUUAAGAAAUUACCAAAUAAAUCAGCUUUCGCUUUUUUCAAGUAUAAAAACGUAUCGCUCGUUUGUUUUAGCAGAUGAUGAAGUCGUCGUCGAAGAGGAAGAUGAUGUAGAAGAAGUUAGUGAAAUUACAAAAGAAAGCAAAGAUGAUGCUUCAGAAAAAUCAAGUGUGUUUCAAUGCCGGAAGUCUUCAAGGGCCAAAAAGUAAGAUUUUAAUAAACGAAGGCCGUGUGUAACACACUAUGCCAGAUAGCUUCUGCGCCGUCACGAAAAUCAUACCAGAUACGGCUUCUGUUCACACAAGAACGGUUGUGACGUAGCGAAGCUGGGCCGCGCCGAUCUCGGAUAGGUGUUCACACUAUUGCUGAUAGCUUUUUGUUGCGCCACGAAAAGCCGGUCUAACCGGUAUCCGGUUGAGUGUGAACAUAGCCUAUAACAGUAGCCAGGUUACCCUGGGUGCCAGAGACUUUUCAAGCGCGGUUUCCGGUUUUUGUUGCUCGUGGCUUCGGCCUUAGGUCGAAGAUCUGUCGACCUGACACCGAGGCAUCCCACCACACGCGAGGAAAAACCUCUGUUACUUUGAGUGUAACCAGUACACGCCUUUCUUUCAAGUUACAAACUCAAAGACUUGGAAACAGUAAGAUAGUUUACGUUGUGAGACAGCUUUGUGUUAAUUAAUGAAAACAGAAACUAAGUGAUUUUAUUUCCUUUGGGUUUUUUGUAGGCAAGUAUCGCAGUACGGCAAUAUUUUAUCAUACAUCCGACAGGCAAAGGUAAUUGAAUUUAUGAUAAUUAAAUAUUGGAGAAGAUUUUCUCUUGUUUAAUCACAUUUGGCUUUUGGGUACGUUUUAUAUUUAUUCUCGGAAAUGCCAGAAUGGUAUACCUGCUCUUCAUGGUUUUCAUUGCCAGGACAAGGGGUAUUUUUUACACAUAUUGCGGGGAAAAAAGACAAAUUUAACAAUCACUCUAACAAGUGAGGAAGGUUAAUCAGUGUCGUUUCCGAUAAUUGAUAUCUUAAUUUUCAAUAUUAUUGUUAAGUUCAACUUGAAGAUAUUGUAUACUGUUAACCAGGAUAUCACUGUAUUGCUGUAAUAGCUUUUGUGUGUGUUUGUUUUGUGUUUAUCGUAAGGUACGAAGUUGGCUUAACUGUGUUUGGUUUUACUUGUUCUUGUCACAGUCUGAUUACUACAAUCAUGGACAAAAGUCCUUGGGAUAGUCAGAGCAUAACUUCAAUUCUAUGCGUUUCACAAGUAAUGUCGUAAAAAGCAGUGCUGUCAUUUUACAAAUCCAUGUCCCCUUCCCCUUCCCCACCCAAUACAAUGUUUAAAGAUCAAAGGAAUUGUGCCUUGACGGUUUCAACACUGCCCGUGGGGUGGGGGUAGGGGGGUGCAGUGUUAGUAGCACGCGGAUACAAUUUCGCGUGUCUUAAAAAGCAUUCGAACUGUACAACUGUCCCAACACUUUUGUCCAUGAUUGUAGAUACAUAUUUUUUCUCUUUUCACUUUUUUCUUCUAACUUUUGUUUGUAUGUAAAAUGAAGAUAUUUUGUUACAUAAGAUAUAGCUAAGACUCAAGACUCUCUUUUUCUCUGUCCAGACAUUUUUGCGACAGAUAUUGAAUGGUACUAAAUCAUCGGAACGCCAUUUGAUCUACACAAGUGGCAGAGUCAGAGAAAAAGAUAAUUUGAAGCACAGAGCAGGAUUUGGACCUAUUGCAGAUGACAACUUGGUAUGUAGAGAAAAUGAUAUCCUGUUCACAGACCUUCUAUUUUCUCUUUCGAGAUCGUCGAGCGUGCGUAGGAAAAUAAAAACCGUGAGGAUCUCCUCUUUAAAACUGUCUUUAUUAAGCGGUCAUCUUUACUAGGCGUUCGCAGUAACCUUUUCCGAGGUCCCAACGAGUUAUUUUUUGUCUUCUUCUCUAUUAAACAGUCGACACUUUGUCAAGAUCUACCAUAACAGUGCGAUAGAUACACAUGCUCUGUGCGUGGCGUUUUUAUUGCUUGUCUUUUAACAAGAGGCAGAAAGAUGAGGUCAAUUUGUCAUGUGAUGAAUACUUUCAUGAUUAACUCUUAAGUUUGUCAAACCUUUAUUAGGGAGCUUAAGCAACGACGACGGCGACGUCAACGAAAACGACAUAAAAGCUGACAAAAUGGCAAAACAACAACUUUGCGCGUGCGUCACGUUUUUUUGUACAUUUCUUUGCCGUCAUUGCACGACUACGACGUGAAAAUGCCUAAUUUCUCGUUUUGUGAAGGACGUGAACACGAGGCAACGACUUUCUUUUUCUUUUCUUGGACUUCGAUACACUCUUUUAGAAUUUAACUCCAGAAAAAAUUGCCAAGAUUUGACGAACUGAAUGAGACAGAAUAAGCGCAAUAAAGUUUGAAACAGCGCGACCUCACCUUUUAAAUGACGUUUUCUUAGCCAUCGCUAUCGUUGUUGCUAAAGCUCCCUCUUAAACAGGCAACCUGCAUUAAGCGGUCAGUUGGCCUUCCCCAAAGGGUGAUUGCGUAAAGGUGAUGUUACGCAAGACGAUUCGCAACGACGAUUUUUAGCGCCACACAGCGUUGCAACAUUGUUGCGAGAUUGUUUCGGAUGGUUACAACAUUGUUCCAACAUUGCAACGCAGUGUUGCGUCGUUGCAUCACCAGGGGCUGUGACGCGACUGUCUGAUUCAUUUUGUUAAUAGCCCAUUUUACAGUUGCAGGUGAAAACGAGGCUGGAGUUGACCUUGUUUUGAUACAGCCCUUCCUGCUUUAUUAUGUGAAUUAUGUAUUUCUUAUGCUAACUAGUAUUUUUUAAGCAAAAUUUACAUUAGAAAAGGAUCGAGGUUUUUAUCAAAACAAGGUCAACCUCAGCCUCACGUUCACUCAAAGGCUAGGACACUAAGCACACAACUGUAAAAUGGCCUAUUACCGUAAAUGACCUAAUAAACGCCCACACUUCCAAAUAAACGCCUCUUAUCUAAUAAACGCCCCCAGUCUAAUAGACGUCCCCCUAUGAGAAUUACUCCAAAAUACUUGGAAUUACCAAAGAGGUGCAAAAUCAUUCAAUUCAUUCAGUUUCUUGUUUGAUUAUCAAGGGUUUGCAUGUUUCAUCUUGUUCAAUUUCAAGUUUAAAGUGAGGAUAGACUAACGAUGGCAACACAAUAACAAUGACCGAGGAUUCUGACAUCGAUGUUGGGAUUUGAAAGUGGAUCUCUAGGCGGCCUAGACGUAUCAAUUGAUGGACUGGAUAUUCCGCUUUUUAAAACUCUCUUGACAUUUUCACCGAAAGCAUAUUAGUUUGUUGAGCUUGUUGCAGUUAUGAGAAUAAAACGCCUUUCUCUUUUAAACGCCUGCUAUCUAUUAAACGCCCCCGCUUAGACCCCUAGAAUUAAAUAGACGCCCGGGCGUUUAAUAGGUCAUUUACGGUAUGCGAAUUGUGCGUGCUUAUUUGCUGUGGAACUUGAGAACUUGACUUGUGAAUGACAAAAAUCACAGCGUCGUGUCGAACAAAUAUGUCUCACAAGCAUUACAUGAAACGAUACAAACAACAAAAAUGAACUUUGUUAAAUUGUUAGGCUAACAAGUUAAAAGUUUUUAAAAGCGCUAUUGGAAUUCGUUUUAAUCUUCUUCAAGUUUGUUCAUCGUUUCGCCUCUUGCAUUUGUUGUGUUAUUCAGAACCUCUAUUCAUGCUUUGAGCAGUUAUUUUUGUUUCACUCGGUUCGGUGGAAGUUCCCACUAAAGAUACGGUAAAACGGGCAACAAAGAACAUGCAACUUGUCUAGCAACAUCGCUGCAAAACGAGUUGAAUAGCGAUUUUGCGCGUUUUACUACCCACAUCAAACCUGUUUUGCAAAAAAUCAGGUUGUUGACAGGUUUGAACGUUGGGUGGUAAAACGUGCAUUACCGCUUUUCCACUCAUUUUGUAACAAUGUUGCAAAAGAGGUUGCACGUUUUUGUCGCCUGUUUUACCAAAGAUUAAAUGGAAUUUUACUACAAUUCUAGAAACCGCUCCUUUAACACAUGAUUAGUUAGUAAUUAAGUUGUCCUUGGCUUUCCUUCUUUUAAACAGCGAGACGAAAUAAUGGGAUUACUUCUUCAGUUUUAUGAAGAAGUCAAAGGCUCCCCAGAUAUAACUUAUGUGUCCGAAGUUUGGUUACCCGAGGUGAGUUGAGUUUCGUACCAUUGUUUUAGUAGUGAGUUUAAGGUGGCUCGAUGGGGUUUUCCUGGGUCAAUACCCCCCAAGUCUGAGCAUAACCUACGUCGCCAUUAACAAAGAUUUGGAAAAAUUACCACCAUAGCUGUAAUCGAUGAAGAUGACGAUUUGUUACGAUCAGGGUUACAAGGGUAACGACUGCAAGAACUGGAACAUUUGUUGCGUAUUGGGGAGAAUUGAGUAAGAAAGGAAUAGACGCAAAGAGAUAGAAAGAAAGAAGGUUGAAAGGGUAGACUUGAAGUAGUCAGUCUGCUAGCGCGCUUCGGUGCACUUUAGUGAGAUGGCGAACUAUUUGGUCUUUUGCUGUGUUCACACUACAGUGUAUUGAAUAGCUUUGGCGCCGGCACGAAAGCCAUACCGGAUAUGGCUUCUGUUCCCACAUAAGAACGGUGAUUUCGUUGCGAUUACUGUAACGGAGCGAAGCUGCGCCGCACCGAUCUCGAAAGUGGAGAGUCACAUAUCGGAUAGGUUCUGUGCCAAACUUUGGUGCAGUUUGCACAGGUAUUUGGACCGUACCGGAAAUGGAAUCCGCUGGGACGGAAGUAAUUAUUCAGGAGUGAGGACUGGGAGUUAUUCCACUUUUUUCGAUGUGUGUGAACGACUUGUUCCAGUUCUCUAUCGUAUCCGGUACCGUGUGAACAUGACCUUAGUUGUCCAUUAAUUAUAGACUUCAAAUUCUCUCUCUUAGCAUCCUUCAAAUAUUAGCUAUUUUUCACAUACUUUUGCGCAUUCCUCUCCUCCCCAUUUUCUUCACUGAAAACAUACUUUACCAUUUAUUGUGCUUAGCACUUCAGUGAAGUAAACUUGCCCGUGGCGCAAACAUGAUAAAAUGAUUGCACGCUACCUCGUCGUUUGUUUUUGUUGAUGAUGAAUUCUGGGGCGGAUCUUUAACCUCCGGGUGUCUUGGGAAGAUGUCCGUGCCGGAAUAGUGCAUUAAGGAAUCUUUGUGUCUUUUCUUGCAGGCUCUCAUUUGGUCAAUACAGCAAAUUCAGCACGUGGAUCGACAGAAAGCUGAGGAAAUGUAUUUAGAGGGAAGUAAAUUCGCUGUGACAGACGACGAAGUGCAUCAAUUCACUUCCAAGCUUAUGCGAAAGAAUCUAAGCCAAACGGAGGCUAUGGAAAGAUUGGAUAAGGCGGGAAAAGUCAUUGCAAGACUCUUGCAAUGAAUCUUUCCGCCUUCUGCAAUCUUCCCAUUGCAUUUUUUUGGCUUAGACAAGUACACAGUGUCCCUGAAAGCGCAAGAGAGAGUGUCUACAAGAGGCCCAUAACAGUGAAGACGAGCAUUUUGAGAUAAUUAAAAUUUCCCUUAGAACACGAUCUGGGUCCUUUGCCCAAGUGAAACUUGCUCGGUGAAGACGAGUAGAGCAUCAAUGGAUUUCCUACCGCUGUUCGCGUUUUCAACCCACGCGCAUCUUGCGUGACCCUGGUGAAUAGAGGAAACCUAGUCUUGUAAUGAAAUUAACUAUGGGAGUUACCAGUAAAUUAGGAGGCAAAAGACAAUUUUUAGGGCAAUUCAAUUAAAAGUUAGGAGGUUCGUUUGUAAAUUGAUCAGUUUGGUAAAUCGGACAAAUUUUCUUUUCAUACUAGAAUUCUGUACACUUGAUAAAUUGGGUAGAUUAUAGUUAUUAUCGUUUCUGUGAAAUUUAGCAGCAUUAUUUUUACUUGUUAUACCUGAAAUCUGGGUCAUUGUUGGGCGUUAUACGCGUUAGUACCAGUCAAUUACAUUUCUUUAUGUGAUACAAAACUUUAGUACCUAGCGAAUGGGAGCCAUUUUAGUAGGUGUUGAAUCGUCAAGUGUGAGCCAUUUUAGAAGGACGGAAGGAAGAUGUACAUUUAAAUAAUGUCUUCGAUAGGAAUAAAAUAGUAGAA